AUUGAAAAUCUCUCUCCCACUGUGGAACAAGUCUCUCUCCUUCUCUUUUUCUCUCUCUCUCUCUCUUCAUUCCAAUGACAAUGGCUUCUAUGUUCUGCAACUACCUGCAGCUGUCAGUGCUGUUAAUUAUCUUAGCCAACUUGCUCUUCUGUUGCUAUGGUACCUCUGAUCACUCCAAGGGGCACCCAAUAUGUGGACCAUAUCAUCCUUCCCAUGCGAUUCCGAUUUACUCAGAAGAUGUGGACCUGAUGCAAUUCCCCCUCAAUAUUGAGUUCCUCGAAGCAGAGUCUUUCUUGUGGGGAGCAAUGGGAUACGGCCUUGAUAAGAUCGCCCCGGAGCUGGCCUUGGGCGGCCCAUCUCCCAUCGGUGCCAGGAAAGCCAACCUUGAUAAUCUCACUAGGGCCAUUAUUACAGAGUUUGCCUUCCAAGAAGUCGGCCACCUCAGGGCAAUUGAAUCUACAGUUGGUGGGAUCCCGAGGCCAUUGUUGGAUCUGAGUGCCCAUAACUUUGCCAAGCUAUUCGAUGAGGCAUUCGGAUACCGAUUGAUCCCUCCCUUCGAUCCAUACAGUAACAGCCUCAAUUUCAUGUUAGCUGCUUAUGUAUAUCCUUAUGUGGGACUUACCGGUUACGUUGGAACCAAUCCAUUCAUCAAAGGAUACAAAACAAAGGCACUGUUGGUGGGUCUUCUAGGAGUGGAAUCAGGUCAAGAUGCAGUGAUAAGAACUUAUUUAUAUGAGAGGGCCAAGGAAGUGGUGGAACCCUAUAAGGUGACAGUGGAGGAGUUCACAGACAAGAUCUCGAAGCUGAGGAACAGACUAGGUAUGUGUGGAAUCAAGGAUGAAGGCGUCAUUGUUCCACCUGAGUUGGGUGCUGAGAAUCGUACUUGCAGUAAUGUCUUGUCUGCAAACUAUGACUCUCUCUCUUACGCAAGAACUCCCAAUGAGAUCUUGAGGAUCGUCUAUGGCACCGGCAAUGAGCACAUUCCCGGAGGCUUUUACCCUAAAGGUGGCAAUGGAAAGAUUGCAAGGGAACUUCUUGAACACCAUUCUUAGUUUCCAUCUCUAGAUUGAGUGGUGCAUACCUUGCAUGUGGUAUAUGAUUGUGGUGUGUACUCAUAGAAAGAGAGAAUAUUGUUAUAAUGAUAUGAAAAUAAGGAAUCUAGAGAUCCAAUAUCCAAUUUUUAUUUUUA